CCCCCCCUGUAGAUCUUCCACUACCAGUCGGAGGCCUACCCGGCCAGGGAGGGCACCUUCCGCGACCGUGUCUCCUGGGCGGGAGACGUGGCCAAGCACGACGCGUCCAUCGCGAUCGCCAGCCCGACGAUGGACGACAACGGGACGUUCACCUGCUCCGUGAAGAACCCCCCUGACGUGCAGCACAACCUCCCCCAGACGCUGCUCACCGUCACCCAGCGAGGGGCCUCCUUCCAGCUGACGGUGGCCGGCCUGCUCUCCCUGCUGGUCUUCCUCCCGGCGGCCCUUGUCGUGCUUCUGCUGCUGGUCAGGAUGGGCCGCAAGUCUGGGGCCCUCAGCCGCGGGAAGAAGCUUCCCAACAAGAAGUCCUCCAUCGAAGUCGUGGACGAACUGGAGCACCCGAGCUGCGUGGCGAGGCUGGCCAGCAGGUGCCUGCAGUGCCUGGACACAGACGAGGAAGACCCUUACUGACGGAGGGGCGGACAAGGGCAGCCUUUGGAGCUGGCCACGCUCUCUCCCCCUGCUGGUGAAGGUUUACUCCUGAACGUAUGCUCUUGGGUCGAGGGCAAAGCUGUUGCAAGACCAUCUAAGACGCUUGACCUGGGGGUGAUCAUGGAGACUCUGCCGCUGCUUCUUCUUCCUUGUUCUGAUGUCCUUGGUCUGGGCGGCUCCACUCCCGCCUGGUGGGACUGCUGGCCAGGGAGGAGGGGAGGUCUGGGCAGGGCCUGGGAUGGUGAGGCGGGCGGCUCCUGCAGGGACCCAGAGAGGCGGUGGCUCAGGGAGCCCCAGGCGCCCCUUCCGGGCGGGGCGGGAGAGGAGGCGCCACGUGCCCUUCCCCUCCCUCGCUGCUGGCUCCUGUAGGGAAGCGGGCUGGCCUUCCCACUGGUCUCAGUCCGCCUUAGGCCACGCAGCCACGUCUGGGCCCGCUCUUUCUGGUGGAUGCAGCUUGGCUCCGCGAGAUGAGCUGCAAAUUGCCGCCUGAACUCGAAGCCUUGCCGGGCUCAAGCUCUGCUCCCAGGUGGUGAGUGCUGGCGGGAGGACGGAGGUCUGGGAAGGCUUUGGCACUCUCCCUCCGAGCAGCACCUCCUUCUCCGUGCUGCCCUGGCAUUCUGCCCAGACCGCUGCCCCAUGCUCUGUGUGCACACAGGCUUGUGUGGGGCGGAGCUGCCAGAAGGGCACCCUCUUUCCUGGGACCAAUAAACAUCUUUGUGCCAGCUGAGUCUGCUGCUCCUGUUGUCUGAAUGGGCGAGAGCACCUGAGGGCUGGCUGUGUGUGUUGGGGGAGGGGCGGCCCAUUCUUAGUGUGUCGUGCUUCCCCAGAGCGCCCAGCAGCUUCCUUUUGGGAGGGGGCCACAGGUGAGCCGGGCAAAGCAGCCCCCCCCCAGGAAGCUCCAGGGACCUGCUGGGACUCCUCUGGUUUUGGCAAGCGGCAUCACACCAAAGCCCUUUUGGACCAGCCGCCCUCUGGAGCUGGCCCGUAGCUAACAUGGGGCCCAUGGGGCCCGGCCCCCUAAUGUUUC